AUGAAAUUGAAAUAGCUGCUUACAUUAGAAGCUUUAUGUACAAUACCGGGGAUCUGCAGCUCUUCCAUUGUGCAUUCUGUGUCAAAAAUGGCCACUGCAGUGCAAAACCCUCUGAAAUCGCAGUCGAGUGGAACUGUCAUAAAGAACAGUCUGGGCGAGGAGUUUUAUCGUGAGGCGAUCGAGCAUUGCCGGAGUUACAACGCCCGUCUGUGCGCCGAGCGUUCCAUGCGGCUGCCCUUCCUGGACUCACAGACCGGAGUGGCACAGAGCAACUGCUAUAUAUGGAUGGGGAAGAACCACAGAGGUCCAGGUGUAGCUCCGGGGCAGCUGUACACCUACCCGGCUCGCUGCUGGCGUAAAAAAAAACGAUUAAAUAUCCUAGACGAUCCACGCCUGGGACCCAUCGAGUUCAAGAUAGACUAUGAGGCUGCCCUGAAGAAGGAGGGUGGUGUUCCCGAGGGUCCGGUGCUAGAGUCUCUGCUCAGUGGAGAGACCCUAGAUAAGAAGGUGGAGACUAAGGAAGAGGAGGCCAUGAGCGAGUGUCAGAAGCUACUGGUGGGAGAUUUUCCGCAUGAGCUGGAUGUGGAAGAAAUGGAGGAGGAUGUGCCCAAGCGUAAGAACCGCACCAAAGGACGGGCAUGUGGGGUCGGUGGAAUGAGGAAAAGACAAGAGCCAGCGUUCAUAGAAGAUCGGGACAAACCAUACGUGUGUGAUAUCUGUGGCAAACGCUACAAGAACCGCCCAGGUCUAAGUUACCACUACACUCAUACACAUCUGGCGGACGAGGAAGGAGAAGAAGACACUGAACGUCACACCCUGCCUUUUCAGCGCAAGAACAACCACAAGCCCAAAAAAGCAGCAGAUGGUUCGGUCAUCCCCAACGGCUACUGUGACUUCUGCCUAGGAGGGUCCAAAAAGACGGGCUGCCCAGAAGAUCUCAUCUCGUGUGCGGAUUGCGGCCGAUCAGGUCAUCCAUCCUGCUUGCAGUUUACAGUGAACAUGACGGCAGCGGUGAGGACUUAUCGCUGGCAGUGCAUCGAGUGCAAGUCCUGCAGCCUGUGUGGCACCUCUGAGAAUGACGAUCAGCUUUUAUUUUGUGACGAUUGUGAUCGAGGAUACCAUAUGUACUGUCUAAGUCCCCCAAUGGCUGAACCUCCAGAAGGUAGCUGGAGUUGUCACCUGUGUCUGCGGCAGCUCAAGGAGAAGGCUUCAGCGUACAUCACGCUGACCUAA